AUGAUGGACGAGAACGCGAGCGGCAUCAUCUGGCAGCGUGAGAACAUUGGACGAAACACAUUGUCACAAUUGGAUGGCGGUGUGAAUAUUUUCAAUCACGACUUGGGACUGGCCAGGUCCUUUUACAAUGGCUUUGAGAUGUGGUGGCUGGCUGGAAUGCCCAUUUCACUUGUAUUCAUGCUAACGCUACUGAGCUUCUCACUGGUCUCAGGUUUCAGUGUCCUUGUAAAAUCAAUGCGAUGGCACAUUGUACUAUAUGUGUCGUUUUGGCGACUUGUAGCUUGGGUGAGCCGACCAUUGAAUGCCGAUCAUGCUUUGCUGGAGAAGAAGACGAUGAGGUCCUUAAGGUUGCAAGAUACUGGAGAGACCAAAAUUCCUCGUCACAUUGCAGUGAUUAUGGAUGGAAAUAGACGCUAUGGGAAGAACAAAUACGGUGAAGGUGUGAGAGGACAUUCAGACGGCAGCAAGACACUUGUGAACUUUACCGGUUGGUGCAUCGACGCAGGCAUUAAGGUGCUGACGGUGUUUGCAUUCUCGACAGAGAACUGGAACCGUGAGCAAGCAGAAGUGGAUGCAUUGAUGAAUUUAUUCAACCAGUUCAUGCAUGAGAUUGUGCCUGAGGCAUUAAAGCGAGAUGUCCGCGUUCGUGUGCUGGUGUCAGACGGAAGGAAACUGCCAGCAUACAUGGUUGAAGCUAUUGAAGAGAUCGAGACGAAUACGCAGCAUUGCACUACGUUUAGUCUUAAUCUCUGCGUGAGCUACGGCGCACGAGAUGAGAUUGUAGGUGCCUGCAGGAAUAUCGCUAUUGAGGUUGCUAGAGGCGAGAUGUCCGUUGACGACAUAAAUGAGGACCUGCUCAGUCAGCGCAUGCUUACAGCCGGUCAGCCGGAUCCGGACAUUCUCAUUCGCACGUCGGGCGAGCUGCGCAUCAGCAACUUUUUGCUGUUCCAGAUCGCGUAUUCGGAGCUGAUUUUUAUGGACAAAAUGUGGCCAGAGGUUACACGGGAUGACGUGCAGGAUAUUAUUCUUGAAUUCAAUCGCCGCAAACGUCGUUUUGGUAAGUAA